GAGAGAGAGUGAGAGCGAGUGACUGUGAGGUAAAGGCACGUUGCUGCCACAGGCCAUUGCAGGGAAGGAGAGGGGAUUAUAUCAAGAGGAGCUUCCACAGAAAACUCUGACACGGAGAGAGAGAGAAGGCGCCGGUCACGGGACAGAGCACCAGGACCCUCUUAAAGGAAGACACGGAGCCAACCUCACCACUGCCGUCUGCGGCGCAGGGGAAGAAGAAAGCCAGAGGCCCAGUCCGAAAACUACGACACUCCGCGCCUCGUUACCCCCGCGCUCGCUCGCUCUCUCUCUCCUGCUGACCCCGCUGCCCCCACCGGGCGGAAAAACGCGCUCCAGCCCCAACGGAGAGGGCCGGAGGAGAGGAGGGGAGAGGAAGCAGCCCGAGAAAGACGGUCGGGGACAGCGGAGAAACCGCAUCGACACCGAGCCGCCCGCCACUCUCUCCCUCUCUCCCUCUCUCCCCCCCGAACGGAGAGCUGACCCCGUAGGAGGGAGGCGAAAACUCCCCUCCUCGCACCAGGAGAGAAGGAACCGCCGCGGGAAGGAGGAGAAAGGCCAACGGGAGGAUCAGGAGGAGAGCAGCGAGGAGGUCUGUCCCAGACCCGCGGGUGAUUAAAAGAGCUCGGCAUGAGUUUGACCGGCACCCUGGAGAAGGGUUCACCCCCACACCACCUCCAUGACCUGGUGGAGGACCCAGGACUCCAAUUCCACCAGCACCACCAGCACCACCCGCACCAUCAAGCCAACUCCCAGCUCCACCUCGCCAACUCCGUGGUUUCCACCAUCCCCGAGGGGACCCCGAUGGGGGGGUUGGGAGGGGGGGCGGUGGUGGUGGUGCCCCCCCCUUACUCUGCGGCGGACGGCGGUGGGGGGGGGGACGCGCCGCUGGAGCUGCGGGGGUCGCUGGACUGCUGGGCCUGCUCGGUGCUGGUGACUGCGCAGAACCUGGUCAUCGCCGCCAUCAACGCCUGCCUGGCCGGCCUGGUCUUCGGCCUCAUCCUCACGCCCGCCAUCGUCAUGGUGGUGUUCGGGUUCCUGUGCCACUCCACGGUACGCCCCCACGGUACGGCGGAGCUGUGCUCGGACCUGCUGAGCGAUGGCGGCUGCGUGGCGCUGCUGGUGGUGGGCUUCCUGCUGGUCACGCCCCUGCUGGUGCUGGCGCUGGCCGCGUACUGCCGCCUGGCCCGCCACCUGCAGCUGGGCCUCUGCUUCAUCCCCUACAGCCGCGCCGUCUACAAGAACCUGCCCGCCGCCCGCCACCGCGGCCUCGCCGGCGCCUGCUGCGGCCACCGGGGGGCGCCAGAGAGCGCCGUGGUCAAGGCCAUGGGCAAGAGCAAGGUGUGGGUCUGAGCGGGUGG